UUCUUUGAACAACUGUCUCUCCCUCUCUCUCUCUCCCUCUCUCUCUCUCUCGAAGAAGAAGAAGAAGAAGAAGAAAAAGAAGAAGAAGAAAAAAUAUAUAUAACGUUGAAAUAGUUUUCUUGAUGAAAAAAAAGAAAGAAGUAAUAUAGAGAAUGGUGUGAAUGAUUUGGCGAACGCGUGGUUGUUCGUACAAAUAAACACGCUUGAAUUUAUAGAACUGCUAACCACGUCCGCGAGACGUAGUUUAUUCCUUCCGACGGAACUAUACCUUUGGACCAAAAAGUCUCAGUGUAAGUUCUAGAAGCACAUAGUGAACAAGCUUAACGAUUACCAAAGUGAUGGUGUAAUUUUAAUUAUUAAUUAUCAAGAAACGAAUCGAUUUAUACGUUUUAUAUCAAUCUUUACGUUUGAAAUAUUUUAUCUACCUAUUUUUAUUAUCUCAUUCUCACCGAAGACGUUAAUUUAACAUAGUAGCAUGUAAUAAUAGCGUGAGUUAUGACUACGGGAUGUAGAUACGUAAAGUUAUUCUCAGUUUCGUGCGAGUCGGUAUCGCCGCAAAAACUUUCGGCGUUUCAAUUUGCUUAAGUCUUAACUACCCGUGGGUGACUGACAAUGAGAACACACCUUUCGUUUUCUCUUUCAACUUCUAACUUAAUUCGUUUCAUUUCGUAUUAUAACGAUAACGUGUUCAAGAGUUUACGUCGUUUCUAUACUCGUUCCAGUGUCCAGUGUUAUAAUCAUACCGUCGAUCAUGUAAUUAAACUCGCUCUCCUCAUUAACAUGCACCGUCGCUUUGGUUAAUAAUGUGAUUAAGUAAAAUCGUUUAUACGAGAAAGGGAGUCUACGAAAGGGGUAUAGGAAAUAAAAGAAAAGAAAAGAGAAAGGCAAAAGAAAAACAGGGAUUUGGAUUAAGCACAUCGUGAUCGACAUCAAGAGAUUUUCGAAAGUGCUAUUUUCGCAUUAGUGAAAUAACGUCAGAAAAAUAGCUCACUACUAAUCUACGUACGUUACUACUGUCGUUUAUCGUCUUAAGAUCCUCGAAAAAGAACGAUCGUGACGUAAAGUUGCUAUCGAAUGGACCAAGUGGACGAUUAAAGAAGCAACCUGUGGCUGUAUCUCGUUGUAGAGCUUUAUCUGUGUUAGGAUUCGAGUAGGGAAUCGGUGCUUUUCAUUGUGCACGUGUCGACGAACGUGCUUCUAACGUAAUUCAGGUGUAUCGUGCGGUCUAUUGCGAGCGUUCGAUAAAUAGGUUGUAAUCGUAUCAUUUAAUGAUCGAAUCAAAACAAGAGAGAGAGAGAGAGAGAGAGAGAGAGAGAGAGAGGAAGAGAGGAAGGAGGGCAGAGAUCAUUAAUGAGAAGCAAAGCGGCAAUUACGCACGUUUCAAGAGCCAUUUUGCAUUAUCGAUAAAUCACUCGACGAUUCGCAGCCAUUUGAAAUCGUUCGAUUAUAAAUCUCCUAUUUGAAAGAGAGAAACGAAUGUCGGAGGUAGAUAAAAAAUUUGGAAGACUAAAAAUAUCAAUCGUAGGGACGCAAAGCGACGCGUAAAAUAUUCGUAGAAAUUCAAGAACGGUAGAGAAUCGCUGGAAGAAAAAAGCUCGGUCAUCCCUCAUCUUGACGCAAAAAUGUUUUUCUUGCCUUACUGGCUCGCUUUCGCAUAACUUUCUUUAUCAUCGUGAAUUGCGUGCCAUGCGAUCGAAGAAAAUCCAAGUGGGAGGAUGAGGAAAGUGGAUGAUGAAAGAUGGAACGACCGGGUGAUACUUAACGUCGGUGGAAUACGUCACGAGACGUAUAAAGCAACCUUGAAGAAAAUACCAGCGACGAGAUUGUCACGACUCACCGAAGCAUCGGUAAAUUACGAUCCGAUAUUGAACGAAUAUUUCUACGACAGGCAUCCCGGUGUCUUCGCACAGGUUCUCAAUUACUAUCGUACAGGCAAGCUGCACUAUCCCACGGACGUUUGCGGUCCUCUUUUUGAAGAAGAGCUUGAUUUCUGGGGUCUUGAUUCGAAUCAGGUUGAACCUUGCUGUUGGAGUACUUACAGUAUUCACAGAGACACUCAAGCAACGUUGGCCAUAUUGGACAAAUUAGACAUCGAAGGCGAAAAGCUUAGCGACGAGGAGAUUUCUCGGCUUUUUGGUUACGAGGAGGAAUAUAAUCGUGGAACGUUGACAAAGUGGCAGCGAUUACGUCCGAGAAUCUGGGCUCUCUUCGACGAGCCUUAUUCGUCGAGGUCGGCAAAGUGCAUCGCCUGCAUUUCGAUCUUCUUCAUCUGUCUCUCGGUUCUCUGCUUUUGCUUGAAGAGCCAUUCUAGUAAUCUACCACAAAUUAGAACGGAUGAUUCUUCUUCUAACUAUUCUGUAAAAUUCACUCAGCAUUACGAGAAUGAAAUCGGUCGACCGCAUCGAACGUUUUAUUACAUCGAACACGCUUGUAACGCUUGGUUCACAUUCGAAAUAACACUUCGAUGCUUGGUCAGUCCAAGCCUAAAGCGAUUCGCUGUGUCGCCGGUGAACGCGAUCGAUUUAGCGGCGACGUUCAGCUUCUAUACGGAAUUCUUGACAGAGUCUAGCCUGUAUCUGGAGGUCCUCUCGAUAGCACGAGUACUUCGACUCUUUAAAUUGACCAGACAUUCACCCGGCUUGAGAAUCCUCAUACAUACUUUCAAAGCAUCCGCGAAAGAGCUCGCAUUGUUGGUUUUCUUCCUCGCUUUGGGCAUAGUUCUCUUCGCUAGUCUCAUUUUUUACGCCGAACGACUUCAAGAAAAUCCUAACAACGACUUUGACAGUAUACCACGAGGACUUUGGUGGGCUCUAGUCACCAUGACGACCGUCGGUUACGGCGACAUGACGCCAAAAACCUUUCCAGGGAUGUUCAUAGGCGGACUAUGUGCCUUGACCGGUGUUCUUGCUAUCGCACUUCCGGUUCCUGUCAUCGUCAGCAACUUCUCUAUGUUCUACUCCCACACUCAGGCACGUAGCAAAUUGCCAAAGCAGAGACGAAGAGUACUCCCAGCAGAAUUUCCAAGACGUGGAAGAUCGUCGAUGCAUCAAAAUCGUUCCGAUUCUCAGGGACAUUUGUUCUUGAACGCUUCACCUUACAGAUCGCUGACACCUCUCAUGACUCGACAACCUAUGACUAGAUUGCACAGCGUCCUACAACUCCAGCCGAAUAUCGUGAUAAAUCUAGCGGAAAUCGAACAUCGUGCGCGCACCACUUCGCCCAGUCAAGAAUCCGAAGGAACGAGCGUAUCUGACUGCCGAGAUAGCGAUCUACCUCGAGACGAUAAGACGGAGCAGCAACGUGUCGCCGAAAUCGUUCAUCCAGAAGAGGAAACGAAUCAUCGAAAAGAGAGACAACGUUCUCAAAACAUUCUCCAUUGUAUUUUAUGAUAAAAAUAUUUUGUUUCUUAAGUAUCCUUAUAUAUUAUUGUAACAAAAGAGAAAGAAAAGAAGAAAAAAAGAAGUUGCAACGAUCAACGAGAAAAACUUUUAAGCGACAAAGAAAGAAAAUGAAAGAAAAGUCAAUGAGAAUGAACAAAAAGAAAAGUGCGUCGAUCGUGCAACGAUCAUGUUUCAUCGUAAAGUAGAUCGACCGAUUCGAGGCCAUUAAGAGAGACCAGUAGCGUAUCAACGAUAAUGCCCUGGAAAACGUGGAAAACCGUGGAACUCUUUGACGCAAGAGCUUUCACGGCGCAAGCGUAAGCCAUCGACCGCUAGAACGGUUUAUUCAGGCUCUGUGGGAUCCCCCCACUUUUCUCUACUCAGCAUAGCACGCACAGACGUUGAUACAUUUACAUGCAUAAAGAGAAAGAAAGAAAGAGAUAGAUAGAUAGAUUGGUAGAGAGAGAGAGAAAGAGAGAGAAACGUAUGAUGAUAUGCACCCUCGGGACAUACCUUUGAAUCGUUCUUGACGCGACAAGGUAAAUAAGUAAACGUCUCUGUGUACGCAAGUGUAGCUUCGAGAUUCCCCUACCUUCUUCUCUCUCCCCCUCUCUCAAUCUUUAUAUUUUUGUUUUUUUAUGUUGUCUACACUUCAUUGUAAUAUUGUAAUAUUCUUUAUCUCAAGGAAUAUCUCUCGCUUUCUCUCGAAAAAAAUAUAAUUCUAUUCAGAUAGUAUCUUCCUCUUCAGACACUUCUCUCCUGAACUGUCAAGCUAACGAGAUUGAUUAGGUUGUUACAAGUACUCUGGAAUGUCGAGAGAAGAGAAGAGAUACGCUGAUAAAAGAACAAAAGAGUCCGCGUGUCCGCUUGUUUCUGCGGGAAAACGCGACUGCUAGAGCGCAAUAUGCGCGCGCAUGCACUUUAUCUUUUUCUCUCUCGUUAAGAGAGAGAAUGAAGAAGGAUUGGGAUGUUAGAUAUGCAUGCAAGAAGAUAGAAUACGAAUUUUCUCGUAAUAUAUAUGUUGUAUUAAUAUUUGAAAAUAAAUUUCUUUCUUUGUUUCUUGAAACUCGAUUGUAUCAUAUGAUUAUAUGAAAAUAUUUAUUUCUCCAAGUUUUCCAAUGAUGAAGCUGUCAAAAAAUAAAAAAUAAAAAAUAAAAAAUAAAAAACAAAAAAGAA